AUUCUCCUCUAAUGUCAGAUACUCAUUAGACUGGUUAGGGAGGAGCAGCAGCACAGCAGAAGGCUUAACUUUGCUCUUCAUCGCGGCGAAACCCUAGCUCCAAAGAUGCCUAAGCAAAUACACGAGAUCAAGGAUUUUCUUCUAACAGCUAGAAGGAAGGAUGCACGGUCAGUGAAGAUAAAGAGGAGCAAAGAUGUGGUGAAGUUCAAGGUGCGCUGCUCUAAGUAUCUGUACACACUCUGUGUCUUUGACUCUGAGAAGGCUGAUAAGUUGAAGCAAUCACUUCCCCCAGGUUUGAGUGUGCAAGAUCUGUGAGCGGCAAUUCGUUUGCAUCAAGCAGUGUUGCCCAGAAUUAUUUUGAUUUGUUUCACAGUUGCCAUGACAAAGACCCCGUUUUAAGUGUGUGAAUGUUGCUUAUCUUAAUCGUAGAGGAUUUGAGAUCUUGCCAGCAAUUAGAUGUAUACAACUCAGCUGAAACUGUAUUUUGGUCUAAAUUUGACUUCCAAUUGAGUGAUUGGGCAGACGUCUAACUGGAGCUUGCUAUCAUUUCCAAAGAUGGCCUGGACACCAUAAAUAGUUGCCUUGUCGCUUCCCAAAGCUGGCACAAACUCCGUUUGAUUUGAAUAGGAAUCCCAAGCUAAUCUGCAGCGGUCUUUCCGCCCUGGUUUUCUGACUUCUUUAAAUGAAUUUAUCAAUUAUGGCA